AUGAGAGUUGAUAUGAUCUUACCAGUCGCUGAGCGCAUCAGCGGUGGAAGCUCUACCUCAAUAAUGAGCGUUCCGCACGUCGCGAGUGUAUUCUACAAGGGCGCUUACAAAUGCGGAGCAAGUGUACUCACGACCACGAGUGCCCUGACCGCCGCUCACUGCGAUUACAGAAAAACUGGAGAUUCCGCGGGAACUCUCAAAGUUCGCGCUGGUAUGCAAUCUACGACUUCUAUGGUGAACGUACAGGAAAGAGCAACAACAACGAUCAGAAAACACCCCUCUUACUCCGCAGCUUCGAUGAAGAAUGAUAUCAUGAUCCUCAAAUGGCAAAGAUCGACGAAAACACAUUCGACGUGCAAUUCUAGCACCGGCUGGAACGGACUCGUUUACUCACCGCAGCAAUUCUGCAUUGAAGGAAAUCCCAGUUCGAGUGGAGCUUGUUUCCACGACGGAGGAGCGCCAGCGGUUCAUAACAACAUCAUUUACGGAAUCUACAGCUUCCCUGAUCUUCAAUACAACGGAUCGACUUAUCCGCGCUCCGCCAAAUGCAAUGCAACUGGCAAGCCUGGCGUUUUCACUCAAGAAUAUGGUUCAAAGAGCGAGAACUUAUUUUGCAAGUAA